AUGGAGCAUUUGAUUGAAAGUGUACGAAAACGUCCCUGUUUAUGGCAACUUGAUUUGAAAGAGUAUAAGGACAACGAAUUAAAAGAAGCAGCGUGGGAAGAAGUAUUUAAUGAGUGUGAUUUUCCAAGUGUGGCAGAAAUAAAAAAUUUAUGGAAGAAACUAAGAGACGGGCACCGUCAAGCGUUAAAUGCUAAAAAAAAAACUACGGGACAAGCAGCGGAUUCUAAACCAAUAUGGAAAUACGAACAUUUGAUGGAGUUUUUAAUUCCAAACAUGAAAAAUAGACAUCAACAUACAAACGUAGGAACUAGUUCCAGAAACACGACAGAUACCCUGAACGAUGAUAGCUUAACAGGCGAUGAGUCCAUGGAUUCUUUGAAGGAAUUUAGAAUUAAAAAAAACAAAACGAUCCAUUCUAUCCUCGAAGAUGAACAGAAAAGAAGGGAGAAAAGAUCUGCCUAG